GAGCUCGGAGGAUGCGCUUCAUCGCAGCCGACCCGUGAGCUGGGUUGAGCGUCUGCGCCGUACGCACCCCACUAGCCGAGCUAUCCCCCGAGUAACAGCAGCUGCGGCAAGCAAAGCGGGAGACUUUACUCAUCAGGCGAGUUGCCACUAUAGUUGUCACUGUGUGAGCGGCACAGUAUAUCUCGCAAAUAACUGGAAGGGAACUGUCGAAGGCAACAAUCGAAGGUAGCGACAGUCUUUGAGAAGCAUUCGCAAUAAAGAACACACGUACGCGUAAUCGCGCUGGAAAUCGAGAGAAAAAGAGAAAAAGAGAAAGAGAGAGAGAGAGAGAGAGAGAGAGAGAGAGAGAGAGAAAGAGAUUUGUCUCGCAGGUGCAUUACUCGUUACGGCAUCACAGUACGUGUGCAUUAGGCGUCACCGAACGAACACGGUGCGAAAAAACAGAGACCGCGAGUGCGUGAGCAACACGUGAGCGACAGCUCUGCGUUCGAAGGAGACGACGACUUUGACCAAGAUACACCGCGCGCCCCGUUAGACGUUCACAAGGCAGUCUAGAAAGGGAUCUAGAGAUUCGGCAGUGAUCAUCAGCAUCAGCAUCAGCAUCAUCAUCAUCAUCAUCAGCAGCAGCAGCAUCAGUAGCAGUAGCAUCAGCAUCAGCAUCAGCAUCAUCAUCAGCAGCAGCAGCUUCAUCAUCAGCAGCUAGGAUGAGGGCUCUCUUCUUCGUUACGGCAGUCGUCGCCGUCUCUCUGGCGGCAGCCGGCCGCAAGACAAACUGUCCCGACUACUGCUUCUGCACCGACGACUCGGUGAUGUGCACCAACAACGAGCUGACCGCGAUUCCGCACGAGCUGCCGCCGGACACGAUGCACCUCGACCUCAGCCACAACCUCAUCUCGGAGAUCAAGAGCGACCAGUUCGCGCAGCUUCGCAAGCUGCGCACGAUCCGCAUAUCGAACAACAAGCUGUUCCACGUGCGGCCGCACGCCUUCCGCGGCCUACCCGACCUGCGCGAGAUCGAACUGCGCGACAAUCCGCUAAAGGCGCUGCCGGCGAUGUCCUUCAGCGACCUUGCCGACGUGCGCGUUAUCGACCUGAGCUCGAACAAGAUCGACGUCAUCGCGCGCGACACCUUCGCCGGAUCGUCGGACGUCGGCCAGCUGAAUCUCAACUUCAACCCGCUGACGGGCAUCGAGUCGUUCGCGUUCGCAAACCUCACAGGCGUCGGCAAGCUGAGCAUCGCGACGGCGAACGAGGUGGCGCUGCGACCGGACACGUUCAACGGCCUGCGCGACGUCCACAGCCUCAUCUUCGUCUCGAACAUGACCGACGUGCCGGCGUACGCGUUGCGCGGCUUGCGCGACGUGCGCGUCCUGCAGAUGGCGUGCGCGUCUAACGCCAGUAUCUCUUCGCUGGCAUUCUCCGGCGCCGAAAACAUUAAGAACAUACAGCUGAAGGGCGUUGCGUACAUCGAACGCUUCGCCUUCUACGGCGUCGUCAACGUCGGCAAACUCUACCUCGACGAUGUCGCCACGCUCGACUUCGCCAGCCUCGUCGGCCUCGCGGGCGAGCUCGAUCGUCUCGAUAUGGGCCAGAGCCGCUUCAACUGCAACUGCUACUGGCAGUGGAUCAACAAGUACGACUCGACGCAGCUCAGCCGCGAGCAUCUGCAGAAGAUCGUCUGCAACGCGCCGCCGAAAUACGACGGACUGUCGGUGACGGACGUUAAAUUCGAAGAGAUGGACUGUCCGCCGGCCGCCACGCCAUCGCUGCCGGACAGCGACGACUCCGAGCUCCACAUGCAUACGCCGACGAGCGACGGGGUGGACGCCGCGAAGGCGGAACCGGAAAGCGGCACGUCGAUGCUGUGUGCAUGCGCAGUGGUCACGGCGCUGUCGGCGCUGCUAGGUCUUUUGAUUUGAGAAGGGCAUCUAUUUUACGGAUUUCUUUUUUUUAUAGAAAAAAAAAGACUGUAAAGCAACAACGACGCGGUGCGCUUGUCAAACAAAAGAGACGUGUCGCAGCAGACUAGUGUUUGUUUGUCUCUCCCUCUCCACCACCUUUUUUCUAUAAUGACUGUUGAAUCGAAUAAACAUGUCAGCGUAAUUAAACGAUGCAUGUGUCUCUGUCCAGUGCGCCCCCCAAUAUUGUGAAGACUUAAAGAUUACUUACGUAGCCAGUAAGGAGUGUGAGUGUUGAGGGGUUGCGCAUUGGCCGCUGUGUGUCUGCGGGCGACGUGUGUGUGUGUGUGUGUGUGUGUGUGUGUGUGUGUGUGUGCGUGCGUGUGUGUGUGUG